AUGUUUUUGAUAUCUUUUCUCGAUAGGCUUGAAUCAGGUCAGUCGGUUAAUCACGCCGUCGUAAUAAUCCUGGCGGCGAUCAUCUUCGUCACGAGUUAUGCCAAAGAGGAGACUAACAAGAAUCGCGACAAGAGACAACAGAUACCUUAUCAUGUCAGAAGGGGUGGUAGACCACCACCUUAUGCCGUUCAAAUGGAACCGAUCGUUCAAUAUUCGCAAAGAGAUCCGCUCUAUAAUCCUUUGAUAAAUUCAAAGAACGAUGACCUCGGUAUAUACGAAGAAAAUCCAUUGAGUUAUUAUCCAUCAGAACCAGAACCAAUUAUUGAGAUUAUUAUAAAGGAAUCAAACGAAACCUUACCGACUCCUGUACCACCACCGACGCCACCACCGUCAAGACCAACUAAAGAACCAAUACAAGUUUAUUACGUAAAGUAUGAAAAGAAAGGAGGCUAUGGAGAGAAAUCUCGAGUUGUCUACGAUCCACCCGUACGUGCUUUGACACCGGUUGAAGAACACGAAGAAAUCAAACCCAAUCAUCAUAAGGAAGAACCUAUCCAACCGGUAACACCAUCGUCACCUCCAGAACCAACGACCACUUUGAGAGCCAUCAUUCGACCAGAAAGCGAGACUUAUCAUUCCGGUGGUAGUGGAAUUCGUGUUACUUUUGGUACUGAUAAAUUACCGCCUAACAAUCACAACAAACGUAAUGAUAUUGAAGCACUGAAUUCUACUCAUGUUACCAAACCACAUUCUCUUGGUUCUGUUGCACCUGGUACGCCUAAACGACAACAUGGUCCUUAUCAGCCUUUGCAACCAGUACAACAAAGAGUACCACCUGCAUUCCCACAACAGAGAGUCGUUAAUUCUUUUCAACAACCGUUAUCUUUAAUACCACAACAACAACAACAACAGCAACAACAGCAACAACAUCAACAACAGCAGCAACAGCAUCAACAGCCACAACAACAAUUAAAAUUUAUACCGCAACGACCACAACAAUUUCCACCAGCUUUAUCUGUGAGAAAUCAAUUACCGCAAAGACCACAGCAACCAUCUUUGCCAAUUCAGGGUUUGCCCGAUUUAUCUCAACGACCGCCGACUACCGCUUUCGGACCUCCUCAUCGUAUAAGUAUAAAUCAUCCUCAACAACCUGGACUUCCACCAACGCUCUCAGUUUCUCAUCAAAGCGUGCAAAUACAAAAUCAACCGCUUGGACCUAUUCAACCUAAUUUUAAUGGAGAAAGGAAACUACCUCAGUCUCCACAGCCACCGCAACAACAACAGCCACAACCAACAGUAUUUUCGCAACAAGAACAAGAAAAACAACGAUAUCACGAACAACGACGUCAGCAAGAGGCAUUGAAACAACGCGAACAUCAACGACAACGUGAACAACAAAGGCUUCAUGAACAUCGUAGACUCGUUGAAUUACAACGACAGCUCGAUCAACAGAGACAAAUAGAACAGCAAAGACAGGUUGAACAACAGAGACAAGUGGAACAGCAAAGAUUGGCGGAUCAGCAACGAAUUGUUGAACAACAAAGAUUCGCGGAACAACAAAGAUUGACGGAACAACAGAGAUUGGCGGAAGAACAGAGAUUAGUUGAGCAACAGAGAUUAGCUGCUGAACAACAAAGAUUACAGGAACGACAAAGAUUACACGAACAGCAUCGAAUUCAGGAACAAAGAAGACGCAAACAAGAACACGAACAGAGACUCUUGCAAGAACAACAAUACCGUACAUCUUUGAAAUACAAUCAGGCUGUACCUCCGCAAGGUGGUAUUCCGGGUCAACUUCAAUUACCUAUUCAAAAACCAGAAGGAGAAAUCUUUAAAGCCGUGCCAAAGUUGGAACAACAUUAUGCGAUCCGAGAGAAUCCAUUACACCCAGGCCCAUUCCCACCAAAUCCAGUACAAUUAUCAUCCUUUCCCGAAAGUUCGUUGAAUCAAUUUCAAACGACGCAUCAGUUAAACACCUUACAGGAUUCCCGACAAAACUUGGGAGGUCAAUCGAAUCGAAUUUUAAACGACGACAUACCACGACAAAUUCAACAAAUAGAAAACCAGCAAAUCUCCUCGAGUCAUCGACAUUUAACAUUUAACACCGACUCGUUGGGACAGACGCAACUUACGUUGACACCAUCUAUAAGCACGCAACAACAGCAUCGUCAAAGAGAACAACAAUCAUUCUGGGAACGUUCGCCAUCCCAAAACAAUGACAUACAAAAAUCCCAAACAAUUUAUGCAACACCCGUUAGUAUCCCAACAGAAUUUGGAUCGUCAACCGGUAGAACGUCGUUCAGAAACAGUCCAACAUAUUCCACAAGUACGACCACAACUACCACAACAACAACGACCACAACCACUACGACCGAAGCACCGACCACGACGACAGUCUCACCGAAAAACGAAGCCAAGAUCAAGGAGAACAUUGCUAAUUUACCUGAUGAAGUACCAGACGAUAUAAGGGAACAACUUUUAAGUUCCGGUAUUUUGGGUAACGCUGACAUACAAAUACUCGAUUACGACAAGGUCGGUGGCAUACCAAUCGAGAAAUUACCGCCCGAGGCUUUGGCAAAUUUCUACGGUGCUGGAGGUGGUGCGGCGGUAGCUGCGAGUGAGCCAAUACCAUCGAUUAUUAAAAAACCGGAUAACGUUCCACUGUCGAAUAAAGAAGACAGCGUAGCUUCCGGUUCAUCCGAGAGCGCGAGUACGGUAACGAAAGACGAUGAUCAACCAAAUAAGGAGAAAAUGAUGGAGAGCACAAUCAUGGGUAGAACCAAGUUCGAACAGGCCACUUUGAGGCCAGGUGGAGUUGAGAUGAAAGUAGUACGUUUCGAUCCAAGUACGGAGCAAGGCCGAGCAGUGGCCGAGCAACAUAUAAGACCAGACGCGACAAGACUCGAACCGGUAACAGUAGGUCCGAAAAAUCACGACCAAUACAAUCGUUAUUUACCGCUCAAAGUAAGCGGUGCUUCGUUCCCUAUACCGAAUGUCCCUGACCUAGAAGGUCGUAAGAUAACUAGCGUGGUCGUACUUGCCCCAGUUGAUUAUCGUUUUCAAGAAAAGGAAAAGGGACUCGAAACCAGAGAAGAUAGAAAGAUCGAUGAUAUUCAAGCAGUCAAAUUUGUAGCCGGUGAAACACUCAAACAACUCGUUAAAAAACCUACCGCCGAUAAUUAUCAAAAAUGGUUAGAACAGGAAAGUCGUACUGAACCUCAGAGACAAUCGGUUGUAUUAUUAAUCACCAUGCCUUCCAGUGAUCAAAGUAAAAACGAUAAGGAAAUAUUCAUGUACGAUGUCAAUUCAAAAUCGGUCAGCAAAAUGUCGGGGGAUUUGUCAACGGCCUUUGUCGAUGCCGCUGAAAGUAACACGGACGGCAGCGAUGACUUUUCUGCAUUUUAAAUUGUCAACUGUGAACUCUUCUCUCACUCUCUCACUCUCUCUCUAAUCCAUCUCACUGUCUAACGUCUUUGAUUAGAAUCUAAUCUCUAAGUAGAAUAGAUUAGUAAUAUCGACAAUCAA